UCAUGAAGUCGUUACUGGUUAAAGCUAAAGGAAUACAAGGUUCAACAGAGCAAACAGAACUUUCUUUUUACUAUCAAGUGCUGUACGUAGUGAGGCUGAAGCCUUAUUACCAAAAUAAUCCACUUCUGAGGGGGUAAAAUUAUAAUAUUUGCCUUCUAUUUUAUCAAUAAAUGGUGUUGAAGUAAACAGAGAGGGUAUUACUUCCUUAAAUUUAGUUACUAAAUUGUCAGACAGACAUCUACUGUAAUGAGAUUUGUUCUUAAUUCCUAUAUAAGCCAUUGUUUUAAAUUGAAAUGUGACAAAAUGGUCAGAAAGCAGAGAGUUCUGGGGAAAUACUGUUAACUGUUGGGUCUCUAUGCUGUAAGACAGAACGAGGUCAAGGGUGUGAUAAAGACUAUGAACAGAACAAAUCGGUCUGGAGUUAUCAGAUCAUUUACUGACAGAUUUAGACCAGAGAUCUAAUAUUUAACAGACCGCAUGGAAUGGUUCUCAUAGUCUGGGAGUCCUUCAUGUGUUUUUUCAAACUCUAUGCGGCUUUCAUGUGUCUUGCACUGAGGAGAGGCUUCCGUCGGGCCACUCUGCCAUAAAGCCCCGACUGGUGGAGGGCUGCAGUGAUAGUUGACUUUGUGGAACUUUCUCCUAUCUCCCGACUGCAUCUCUGGAGCUCAGCCACAGUGAUCUUUGGGUUCUUCUUUACCUCUCUCACCAAGGCUCUUCUCCCACCACUGCUCAGUUUGGCUGGACGGCCAGGUCUAGGAAGAGUUGUGCUCGUCCCAAACUUCUUCCAUUUGAGGAUUAUGGAGGCCACUGUGCUCUGAGGAACCUUGAGUGCUGCAGAAAUUCUUUUGUAACCUUGUCCAGAUCUGUGCCUUGCCACAGUUCUGUCUCUGAGCUCCUUGGGCAGUUCCUUCCACCUCAUGAUUCUCAUUUGCUCUGACAUGCACUGUGAGCUGUAAGGUCUUAUAUAGACAGGUGUGUGCCUUUCCUAAUCAAGUCCAAUCAGUUUAAUUAAACACAGCUGGACUCCAAUAAAGAAGCAGAACCAUCUGGAGGAGGAUCAGAAGAAAUGGACAGCAUGUGAGAUGAGAGGUGGGGUGAUAAUCAGUGAACCUGCAGUGCAUCUUUCCUCCCUGAUUGUUCAGACUAGUUAAUGUGCAGCAGCUUCCAUCAGCAGUCAGUCAGGAGAAGAUCAGCAGCAGAACUCAUGGCUCUUCUGGAGGACUUCCUCUCUGCUCUGCUCUCCUGGCCUACCACUGUGCUGCUGGCUGCUGUUCUGCUGCUGCUUCUCCUUCUCCUCUUUCUGCUCUGUGCUUCUUUCAGCUCUAAGGAACCGGUGAAGGAACCUCCGGGGCCGAAGCCGCUGCCUCUGAUUGGAAACCUGCUGCAGCUGGACCCCAGGAGGCCCUAUAGAACCCUGUGUGAGCUCUCUAAGAAGUAUGGCUCUGUGUUCACGGUUCACCUGGGACCCAACAAAGUGGUGGUUCUGGCCGGGUGCAAGGCAGUGACGGAGGCUCUGGUGGGAUACCCUGAGGAGUUUGGAGAACGAUUUAUUACUCCUUUGUUCAGUGAUAUGAACCCAGGAGGUCACGGAAUCCUGUUUGCAAACGGAGAAUCGUGGAAAGAGAUGCGACGCUUCGCCCUCAGCACCCUCAAAGACUUUGGGAUGGGAAAAAGAGUGUGUGAGGAGAAGAUCUUGGAGGAAUGUGGACAUCUGAUGGAAAUGUUUGAACAGCAUGAAGGGAAACCCUUUGACACAACUCGUCCUGUGAAUUGCACAACGGCCAACAUUAUCUCUUCUAUUGUGUACGGAAGCAGAUUUGAACAGAAAGAUCCUCGAUUCAUAGACAUGGUGUCUCGGACCACUGAGAUGAUCUCUGUCGCAGGUUCUGCAUCAGUCCAGUUUUACAACAUGUUUCCUAGAAUGUUGCGCUGGGUAAAAAACCGUCGGGUGAUUUUAAACCAUAUUGAAAAUAAUGAAAGAGACGUGAAGGAUUUGGUGAAGCAUCUGAAAGAGACGCUGAACCCCAACAUGUGCCGAGGGUUUGUGGACUGUUUCCUGAUCCGGCAGCAGAAAGAUCAGGACUCAGGUGUUCCAGACUCUCUGUACUCUGACAAGAACUUGGUGAUCUCAGUGACCAACCUGUUUGCUGCUGGAACCGACACCACGUCCUCCACCCUGAGAUGGGCUUUACUGUUUAUGGCCAAAUAUCCACAGAUUCAGGACCAGGUCCAGGAGGAGCUGGACAGGGUGGCUGGAGGUCGUCGGGUCCGGAUGGAUGACCGCAGGAACCUUCCAUUCACUGAUGCUGUGAUUCAUGAGACCCAGAGGAUGGCGAACAUCCUUCCCUUGGCCAUCCCUCACCAGACCAGCCGGGACGUCACCUUCCAGGGAUACUUCAUCAAACAGGGAACCACAGUGCUUCCUCUGCUGGCUUCUGUCCUGUACGAUGAGAGUGAAUGGGAGAGUCCACACACCUUCAAUCCUGCUCAUUUCCUCAACCAGGAGGGCAGGUUCAUCUGGAGAGAUGCCUUCAUGGCCUUCUCUGCAGGUCGCAGGACUUGUGUUGGAGAGAGUCUGGCCAGGAUGGAGCUCUUCCUCUUCUUCACCUCCCUCCUGCAGCACUUUCGCUUCACUGCUCCACCUGGAGUUUCAGAAGAUCAGCUGGACAUCACUCCAGCUGUAGGAUUCACUCUGUCUCCUCCACCUCAGCAGCUGUGUGCCGUCCGCCGCUGCUAAAGAACAUUCAUGGUUGAUCUGAAGAAGAAUCAGAGCUGCUGGUUUUGGUCUUCAGUGUGGAAAAACAUCUAAACCCACUGAUGCUGGAGGUACAUCCUACAGAUGUUCCAUGAUUUAACACUAACUUUGCUCUUUUUAACUGAAUGUUGUCAUGAUUUCAUGGAACCUCAAGUUCAGCUGAUCCCUGUCAAUGUUCAGAAGAAUAAACUGAUCUUCUCCAGG